CUUCACGUGCUACAUGCUCUGCAUUGCUCAGUCCUUCCUGUUUUAGACAUUUUAAGGAGCAAGCAUCACCUGGACUGUCGCAUUUACUGAUGAUGGUACAUCUGAGUGAUAUUUGGGGGAAGAGGACUCAUGAUCUCUCAUCUCUGUGCUGCCACACCAGCCCUGUACAUAUUGUGGAUCAUAAUGGCCCAGAUAGCUGCUGGCCAGGAGGACAGAGAGAAAACUACAGCACUCAAAGAUUUGCUGUCAAGAAUAGACUUGGAUGAACUGAUGAAGAAAGAUGAACCUCCAUUCACUUUCCCCAAAACAUUGGAGGAGUUUGAAUAUGCCUUCAAUGAAUAUGGCCAGCUCAGACAUUUAAAAACCGGAGAGCCUUUUGUAUUCAAUGCCAGAGAGGAUCUCCACCGCUGGAACCAGAAACGCUAUGAAGCUCUUGGAGAGAUCAUCACGCAGUACGUUUAUGAGCUGUUGGAGAAAAAGUGCAACAUGACCAAACAAAUCCUUCCGGAAGAACGUACGGAUGAUGAACCCACCAGUUUUAUCUACCUGAGCCCUGAUGCCUUGUCCAACCCUUCGAAGCUGCUGGUGCUGAUCCAGGGCAGUGGUGUGGUGCGCGCUGGUCAGUGGGCCCGUAGACUCAUCAUCAACCAGGACCUGGACUCAGGGACACAGAUCCCGUUCAUCACCAGAGCCAUGGAGGAGGGCUACGGUGUGAUGGUGCUCAAUCCCAAUGAGAACUACCUGGAGGUGGAGAAGUCAGCCAUGUCCUCUCCCCUGCCCUCUCCUACCGAACCCUCUGACGAACCUGCAGAGAAGAGGGAGCGCAAGGAUGAUAAAGAGGGCAAAAAGAAGAGAGAAUUUUAUGAGAAGUAUCGAAACCCACAAAAGGAGACAGAAACUGAGCGGAUCCCUAUACGGGAAAACAGUUCCUCCGAGGAACACGUGCUGUACGUGUGGGACCACUUUGUGUCCCAAGCCAAAGCCAAGAAUGUCUUCAUCAUGGCCCACAGCUACGGAGGGCUGUCUUUCGUUGAGCUGAUGAAUCAGAGGGAAAUCGAGGUGAAGGAAAAGGUUUGUGCUGUUGCUCUGACUGACUCGGCUCACAAUAUCUGGCUGCAGGAGACCAGCAAAGGCACACAGGAUUGGAUGCAGCAGCACUGUUGCAACUGGGUAUCGAGCCCAGAGCCUGUGGACACACUGCUGGAUCCCAUGCUGCGAGACUGCCCCAGGGUCUCUGCAGGCACAGAGCGGCAUGAGCUGACCUCCUGGAUGAGUUUCGACUCCAUCUUCAGGUUCUUCAAUAAAAGCCUGGAGGCGAAAGAGGAUGAGGAGGCGGAGGAGACCUCCAACGCUGUUACCACACGCAGCAGCUCCCUCAAAUACAAACACCAAGAUUUGUAGAGGAUAGACAAAAAGGACUUGGAACGAGGCGAGAUGGAGUUGUGUGGCAGGGGAUCAGAGAGGGGGAAUGCAGAAAGGGAGGCUACGGUUCCAGAUCCUCUCUGCUAUUCUUAGCUUCCCAUCUCCGUCUGUAACCUCCCAUCUUUUCUCCUCACCCUUCUCCCUGAGUGUCAUUCCUCCCUUCCAGCUCUCCCUGGCUGUGCAAACACACAGCCGUGUUGUUGUAAGAGAUGAGUACAGGGUCACCAUGUAUACAUCACAAUAACGUUUUGCAUUACUUCUAGAUGAGCACAACUGUCAAAGCAAUAUGGGCCUGAGUGUUAGCGCUUCCCGUGGGCUGUGGCCUGGCUGCGGGUACGGGCCAUGGCAGCAGAGAUUAAGGCUGACAGGCGCUGUGCACAAUGCACUGUGGUGCACCUCUAAUUGUCCUGACAUCAGCCUGAACUGAGCUAAUGCCCCGCCUGCCCUCCAGUCUGCACUGCUCAGUCUCUCCCUCCUCUCCCCCCUGGUCCUAAAGCAUGGGCUACUUACCCUGACAUCAGCGCAUGCUGUAAGGUAUCCUCUGCUGAGGUUCAUUAUCAAGCUGACUAGUGUACAUCUUCUUUUUUUUAAUCCCUUGCCCUCCAAAAAUGUUAUUUCUUUCACAGAGUGAACACAUUCUCUUAACUGGGGACCAUUUAUUUUGUUUCAAUGAUGGGUGUUUGUGUUUUAACGUUUCCUCUUUAUCGUCUAACUCCUCUGCACAUGAAGUCUGAUUUAAAAGCUUUUUUUUUUUUACUUUUAGCUUAGUGUAAAAUGUAGUUCAAACCUGUGCCAUAUAUUUUGGGGAUUGCACAGUUAGAAUAAGAGAUAUUUUUUAAAUGUAUCAACUUUGAGCUAAAUAUAAAUGCAAUGUUUAAUACAAACAUUCCCACUAUUCCAUUUUUAUUUGUAUUUUGUGCCAAUACUUCAGUUGUGAGUGUUUACUUUAGAAUAUCUCUAGGAUUGAUUUGCAGAGCUGUGGAGAGUGCGCUUCUAUGUGUUUAUUAUAAAUAUGUCUUUUUUUUCAAUUUGAUAUCCUUGAAAUUGAUGUCUCCGGAUGAUUGGAUGUGAUGAAACAAAUAAAACAAACACAUCUGUGCUGAAUAUGAAAAAUUCAGGACACUGAGCAUAUUUAAAAUUACUUAAAGUCAAGCAUCAAAAUGGGUUUGCGGGAUAUCUCAUUUUAACAGAAGCCAGAAGUCAGCUCAAAACUCUCAUAAAGCCUCAAUAUAUCACCUUACAUGUGUCAGGAAAUCCAAGAUUUCAAUAUUAUUCUAAGCCUGAAUGAUAUUUCCUUAGAUGUUGGAGAAAUGUAACAUAUCUUUUUUCACCCCUUUUUCCUCCCUCUAAAGUACUCUUCUUGUGUACUUAAAAGUGACAAAGUCAGCUCCCUGCUCAGCUGUAUAAUCUGACUAAAUGACACAAACAUAAUAAAAAAAAUCCUCAAGGCUGGUGUGCUUUAUAAACCACUCAAGGCUUAAUGGAAUACAUUUCUAAUGCGUCAUGACAUUAGUUAAAACUCAAACUGGUACUAAAUCUUAUGAUACCUUAGACAUCUUUCUCAAAUACAUAUUCCAGUCUUUUCUUCAAAUAGUUCCCAUUGUUUAACUUUUACACUGUGAAAUCCUGCCCCUCCUGUGUGUAUGGUUUAAGGCUUUUGUAGAUUAUCUUCCUGCUGUAAUGAGACAACUGUGGCUGAUGGUUGCAGGCCUAGUUUUCUUUUAAUGUGAUUCAGAUCUCUCCAGGUUUUAGCAAAGAAGUUGGUUUAUUAUUUGACUUGAUGAGUUUCGUUUCAAGAUACCAUUGCUCAUCUUUUCUGCUUUCAGCUACAAUCAGUUCAUUUUUCCCUCUAUAAUUUGUAUAUUGUUGCCUUAGGAAUAAACAAGACUCUGUUCACUGUUUUUAAUAAUAUCGAGCAAGCCAUAUGUGAAUGGAACUAAAGAUGUAAGAGCAAUUUAUAAUCCACAGCAGUGUGCAAAUAAAGGGGGACUAAUUUUGACAAUUGCUCUUUAAGACUUUUUUUUCAGGUGUUGUAUUGGUUUCAGAAACAUGCAUAUUUUUGUUUAAUUGCAAAAGUAUUUGGAUUUGAACUGCAAGUGUACUGCCCGAUCACAUAUUUUUCUAAUGUUUCCAAAUGUGUGUCUCAUUCUGUUUUGAUCCAUUUUAGUUUUAAAAGUCUUUAAUAAUUAUUUUAAAGUUGAUUUCAUUUUUUUAUUAUUUUAUUAAAGCUCUGGGAAGCAAAUAAAAUUAACUUUAGCAUCUUACUGUUUAUACUCUGCCUACAUAUUUGUUAUUACUUUAUUAUUGAUUUGUAUUUCGUGUUGCUCUUUAUUCCCUCGUGUUUUACCUGCAGGUGUAGAUUACUGAUGCCGGUGCAGAACACUGCACGUUAGGAAUGUGUUGAAAAAUAAAUCAGCAGUGCUAGAAAGUCAGGUAUGAUUGCAUCGAAGAGAGACAGUGAGAUGCUCCCUUAAGUGUAAAGUGAGUGCUGCGGGACGAGAGAGUGGAGCAGCGGGUUAAAAAUGACUUGAGUACUCAUCUCACUUGACUCCUGAAAGCUAACCGAGGCGGAAGAUAACUAACCGGCAUUUGCUGCCAUACGAACGACUAUUGGCAAGUGUCCUUUGUUAUGUUUCUAAACUAUCCAAAAAAACUAAUUUCACUUGAUUUCAGCGUUAACUGUAGCAGGGUAUUCUGAAAGAGCAAUAUCUUUAAAACGAUUCUCGUCAGCGUGUAGCCUGAAUAAGUCACUCAAGUGUGUCAAAAGGAAAACAAACUAUAAACAGUAAUUCUCCUCUUUUUGGUCAUUAAUUUUGGCAAAGUGAGCCCCCCUCCAACUCAGCGAGGUUUUACAGCAUCAUUUGUUUUCACACGGUGAAACCGAUCAGGUCAUUAAACGCCCCCUCAAUAAAUCUUUAGAAAUCUUUUCCAUUAACCCCUGAACAACAAGUGGAACCAGGCGAGUCCCCCUCUCACCGUGUCAGGCCGCUGAUUAAAGAGAAGCAUUCAAUCUCUCUCACACACACACACAAUACUCAACGUUCUGACUUAAAUGUGUUUAAGACAUUUUUAUUUGAAGACAAACUAAUUUACAAAUGAUGCGAUAUUGAGAGAGAAUAUUUCGAAGCCUAUUAAAUGAGAAUUUCCGGAGUUUUAAUUAAAUAACCUGCCUUCUGUCCACAGGAAUGAUGUAGUGGUAGGCUUCUUUAAAUGAUGACCUCCAGGCAACGAUCAUCAAAGACAUACGACUAAUACUACAUAGCAAAAUGAAUUAGAUAUUCGGUCAGGAAUUAUGGUAUGCCUUAAGACGUGUUAGCUAUCUGUGAUUAAAGUUUUGCAAAUGUG